AUGGUUCAACACGGACGAGGUAGUGAAGCAAUGAACCUCUGGGCGUCUCUGAACCACGACAACCUGAUUAAACUCUAUGGCGCGUGUCCCGAAGGUCAGCCGUUCUUCGUCUCGAUCUGGGAAGCAGCAAAAGGACUGGAAUAUCUUCACGAACUAGGGAUUGUCCAUGGUGAUCUCAAGGGGAAUAACAUACUCGUUUGCGAUGGAACUGCCAAGCUAGCAGAUUUUGGGUUGAGUGUCUUUGCCAAGGCUGGGGACUCUGGAGGUGCACUUGGCGCGUUUCGGUGGAAGGCUCCAGAAUGCCUGGCAGGGUCAGGACCAACUCUGGCGUCGGAUAUUUACUCGUUUGCUAUGUGCAUGAUCGAAGUGAUCAGUGGGGAUUUCCCAUGGGGGAAGACUAUGCAGGACGCAGCGGUGGUGGCUAAUGUUGUCCAGAAGAGGAAGAUGCCGCCAAGACCGAAUGGGUUCACAGGCAGCCAAUGGAAUCUGGUCACGCGCAUGUGCUCCUUCGACCCUCAAAGCAGACCCAACGCUACUGCGCUAGCGCAUUUACUCUGGAAAUUCGCUUGA